UUCUCAAUACAACAACUGUUUAAAAUUUCACACACAAAAUGAGUCUCCCAUUGAAGAGCAAACUUUUGUUGGUUCCCAUUACACGCCGCAGUGCGCCCAUCGGUCAAGCCCAGAGGAUGUGCCUCGGAGCUGGAGUCGGAGUCGGAAUCGGUGCCCAGCUGCAGCACGUGCGUCGUCAUGCGGCCAUUUGUGGACCGCCGCGCUUUCCAAUGUCCGCGGCUCAGAAGUUAAUCAUGGGCGGGGGAUCGAUCCUGGUCAUGAUGAUUAUUCCGUUUUGGGCACUGUUUCAAAUGCCGCGUUGGUCGGCGAAGCACAAUAAUCGUCCGUAUGGUGAUGAGGCUGAGGAAGUUCCACCUGAGGAAUAAAUAAAUCCCCUUAUUACAUGCUGAAAACAUUUACAAAAAACAACACAAGAAACACAAAAAACGGUGACUUCUCAAGACACUUUUUACUGGCGUUGCAAACUCAACAAUGUUUUAUGUUUGAAAUAUCUACGAUUCUCCUCUCUCCUAACACAAAAUGAUACUCUGUGCAACAGCGUGGCAUACAAACAUUAAAAUAGACACUCACACAUACACCUAACAAAAUGUAAAUAUUUUAUUACACAAAUAAAUGGUAAUUGUUAAAUGAUGUGUCUAAAUCAA